AUGUCAGACGAAAGGGACAGAUUAAGUGAGUUGCCGCCGGAACUUCGCGAACUUAUCGUCGAAAAAUGCGACUAUUUGUCGAGGUUUGCAGACAAUUUUCAGUGAAUUUUCAACAAUUCACAACAAAAUUCAGAUGCUCGCUGAGCCGCACGUGCAGAGCUCUCAAAUCGACAGUUGUCGCAUCGAAAACCGUCAUUCCGGCGGUAAAAAUAAAAGAGCGACGGAACGGAGUGCAUUUCGAAUUCACAUUCCGUCUUUUCAAGGAGAUUUCUCUGAAAUUCGAGCGGCACGGCCAAUCGGCCACGCGAAUUUAUCGUCGCGACAAAGAAGACGUCGUUUUGGAGGGAACGGACCCGAUCGCAGAGGCGCUUUCUCUUUUCCAUCGAGUUUGCGUUCAGAAGCACCUUACCGUCGGCUACCUCGGAAUUGAGACGGUCGGGGCGGUGCCAGAGCUCACCGAACAGCUCCGCGCUCUUUUUACGCGACAAUCGGACUCGGAUCCGAUUAAAAUUCGCAAAAUAUCAUGGCAGAGAGACGGAAUUUCUGAUUUGGCGUGGACUUUUUUGGAGUUUGCCGAUAAACUGGUGCUCGAGGAGCUUAUCAUCAACGGUGAAAUCGAGGAGAAAGUUAAUAUAUUCGGAGAUCCGCAACGUCGGGCGAUCAUUCAGAAGUUGGAUAGAGUUGAGGUUCAUCCGGAAAUCGAAGAGACCGAAUCGGAAUUGGUGCACCUUAAAAAGGAGAAUAUUAAAAGUAAAUACAAUUUUUCCAGAUUCUUUCGUUGAUCGCCUCGAGGAUCCACCUGAAAUCUCAGCAUUUCACCGGAGAACUCAUCGAAAAAAUGAUUGAGAAAAUUGCGAAAAAUCGCAAAACUGGCUCGUAUUUCAUUCUCAAAAAGACGGAACAAUCGGAUUUUUUGCAGCUCGUUCCCAGCGGGUUUCAGAAAGCGGAAAGCAUUGAGAAAAAGUGAAAAUGGUCUGAAAAAUUUUAAAAACUGAAUUUCUCAGUGUCAACGCCUACACAAUGCGCCUGAAGGACGACGACACUGCGAUCAGUCUGAAAAUGGGAAGUUUUGGAGUUUACGCGGACGUCCAGAGCUUCAAGAUUUCGGAAGAGCGAACGAUGAUGGCACAGGUGCGCAAAAAAAAAGAUUUCGUAAACGGAACACGUCUUCAGCUCCGCGAAAAAUGUCUUACGCGCUCCAACUGCUUCUGCCAACAGCCGACAUUCCUUCCGGAAGACGAUUCUUCGGAAUUCGACGACUACGACGAGUACGUGGACGACGACAGCGUCGAUUACGAUUACGAACGCCUCGAGAUGGACUUCAACGGAGAAUUCGACGAUUUUGACGACGAUGAUGAUGAUUUUAACGAGGAAGAAGAUUAA